CAACACACUCUCUGAGUCCCAUGUUCCAUAUUAAACAUAGAAGUAUAGAACUUCCUUCCCCAUACCCACCCCAACCUCCUCCCCAUCUCCUUAACUGAUAUCUCUCUUGUUCUUCUGCCAUAAGUACCAUUACACAAAAGGGCUCAACCCCAUAAGGCAGAAACUGAGCAACAAUACUAUACUCAUCAUCAUCAAAUUAUAGAAUCAAUCAUGGACAAGCUUCCGAAAUGUGAGGCGAAUUAUGUCCCUCUAAGCCCAACCAACUUCUUGAAGAGAGCUGCGGCCAGCUACGCCGACCGGACCUCGAUCAUAUACGAAGGCACCCGCUUCACAUGGCGCCAAACCUACGACCGCUGCCGCCGCCUCGCCUCCUCCCUCCGCUCUCUCAACGUCGUCAAGAACAAUGUUGUAUCGGUUUUGGCUCCAAAUGUUCCGGCGAUGUACGAGAUGCACUUCGCUGUGCCGAUGGCGGGGGCGGUGCUGAACACCAUCAACACCCGCCUUGACGCGAAGAACAUCGCCACCAUUCUCCGCCACUCGGAGGCGAAGAUCUUCUUCGUCGACUAUCAAUUAGUCCCCCAGGCGCGUGACGCCCUCCGUCUACUCACCUCCAGCACAAGCAUGAUCAACAACAUGCCUCUAGUCAUCGUCAUCGACGACAUCGACACCCCGACCGGAACCCGCCUCGGUGAGCUCGAAUAUGAGGAUCUCAUCCGAAAAGGGAAUCCCACAUUCGUCCCCAUCGAGGCCGGCGACGAGUGGGACCCAAUCGCCCUCAACUACACCUCUGGGACGACGUCGUCUCCUAAGGGAGUUGUGUACAGCCACAGAGGGGCCUACCUCAGCACUCUCAGCCUUAUCCUCGGAUGGGAGAUGGGAAGCCACCCCGUUUACCUAUGGACCCUCCCUAUGUUCCACUGCAACGGGUGGACCUUCACCUGGGGCGUGGCAGCGCGUGGCGGCACGAAUGUAUGCCUCCGCAACACCACCGCCUACGACAUCAACCGCAGCAUCGCUCUCCACGGCGUCACCCACAUGUGCUGCGCUCCAAUCGUGUUCAACAUCCUCCUCGACGCCAAACCCACCGAACGACGCCAUAUUCUCUCCCCAGUCGAAAUCCUCACCGGCGGAGCUCCUCCGCCGGCGCCGCUUUUAGAAAAAAUAGAAUCUCUCGGCUUCCACGUCACCCAUGCUUACGGGCUAACGGAAGCGACCGGGCCGGCUUUGGUCUGCGAGUGGCAGGCCCAAUGGAACGAUCUUCCGAAAGAAGACCAGGCCCGAAUCAAGGCCCGGCAAGGGAUCAGCAUUCUGACUCUCGCCGAAGUCGAUGUGAAGGAUUUGAAAACUAUGAAGAGCGUUCCGAAAGAUGGGAAGACGAUGGGGGAGAUUGUUCUGCGAGGGAGUAGUAUAAUGAAAGGGUAUUUGAAGGACACGGAAGCGACGGCGAAAGCGUUUAAAAACGGGUGGUUUUUGACCGGAGACGUUGGGGUGGUACACCCGGACGGGUAUUUGGAGAUAAAGGACCGGUCGAAGGACGUGAUCAUAUCGGGUGGGGAGAACAUAAGCAGUGUGGAGGUGGAGAGCGUGCUGUACAGGCACCCGAAGGUGCUGGAGGCGGCCGUGGUGGCGAUGCCGCACCUGCGCUGGGGCGAGAGCCCCUGCGCUUUUGUGGCGCUGAAAAACGGCGGCGGUGGCAUAAGCGAGACUGAUAUUAUAUCGUAUUGUCGGAAGAAUAUGCCGCACUUUAUGGUGCCGAAGAAGGUGGAGUUUCUGAAGGAGUUGCCGAAGACUUCGACGGGGAAGGUUCAGAAGUUCGAGCUGAGGGCUCUGGCCAAGACAUUUACUGUGGUGGAGAGAGAUCAGAGUAGUAGUCCUCCAAAUUCCAGCCAGCUCGGAGACGGAGAUCAGCAGAUUAUGGCCCUGUCCCGUCUUUGACUUUUUACAUUUAUUUUUUAAUGGUCCGAGUAAAAAGUAAAGAAAAUUGCUUUAUAGCACCAUUGACGUUGAUUUCCACAAUUAAAAGUCGAUUUACCGACCUUAUAUUAUAUCGGUGUGGUGCCACCGGUGUCUCAUGCUUUAUAUAAAUAUUUAUAAAAAAAUAAAAUGUGUACAGUGUGUUUAA